AUGUCAGAGGACAAGUCAUCAAUAGCGACCAAAAGACUCAACCAGGUCUCUGCGCAUCUCUCGCCGCAAAAGCUCCCUCCCGACUAUGCGGAUGUACGCUCCCAAAUCAGUACACUCCGCAAGAUUGCCGCUACACCCGACAUCAAUCGUCGUGGCUACAUUCGACAGAAGCAAUCAGGGAAACUCUGGGUGCGGGAACGCCUCGAAGAGCUCCUCGACCACGAUAGCUUCCAGGAGAUUGGCUCGUUAUCCGGCACAGUAACAUGGGAGAAGACCGGGCCCAUGCGGGAGAAGCCCGUUUCAUUCGUGCCGAGCAAUAAUGUUCAGGGGAUGGGGAAACUGCGUGGUCGCCGAGUACUACUUACCGCAGAUGACUUCUCUCUCCGGAGUGGACAUGCAGAUGGCGCCACUGCAGGAAAGACAAUCUACUUGGAGAAACUAGCUUUAGCACUCAAGUUGCCCGUUGUGAAGCUUGUCGAUGGCAGCUCAGGUGGAGGCAGUGUCACUACCAUUCGCAAGGCAGGUUGGAGCUACCUACCCUACGUGUCAAUGUACAAACAUGUGGUGGAUCAGCUGAAUCAAGGCAUUCCAAAUCUGGGAGCAGUAGUUGGGCCAGCUAUUGGCCUUGGAGCCGCCCGUGUCGUCUCCUGCCACUUCUCUGUCAUGGCUGCAGAUGUAGGCUCGCUCUUUAAUGCAGGCCCCGAGGUAGUCAAAGGGGCAACAUUUGAAGAGGGGCUGGAUUUCCAGUCAUUGGGCGGCCCCCUGAUACACUGCGCCAAUGGGACAAUAGAUAAUCUCGCUGCCAAUGAAGCUGAAUGCUACGAGCAGAUCCGUACUGUCCUAGGAUUUCUGCCUAACUGUGGCCGAGAAGCGCCACCUGUGGUCGCCAGUGAUGAUCCCGAAGGCCGUGAGGAUGAGGCGCUACGUCAGGUUAUUCCUCGCCGACAGACGAGAAUGUAUAACCCACGAACCAUCAUCACUAGCGUGGUUGAUCACUACUCGUGGUUCGAGAUUGGCGCACUCUGGGGUCGCACUGCUAUCGGUGGUCUAGCAAGGCUAGGCGGGCGGCCUAUUGGAGUAGUUUCCUUGAAUUGCGAAGUGAAUGGGGGAGCACUAGACGCAGCUGGAAGCCAGAAAUUAACGAGGUUGUUGAAACUUUGUGAUGUGAUGAACCUGCCCGUGUUGCAGUUCAUUGACGUUCCCGGUUACGCCAUCGGCACCGCUGCCGAGCGCACUGCGACAAUGCGAUGGGGGGUUGAGCUAGCAAAGGCCUAUUACUCAACUACAAUGCCAAUGUUCAAUGUAAUCACUCGACGAGCGUACGGUGUGGCUGGCGGCAUUAUGCUAGGCGCCCGUGACCCGGUUAUGCAAGUGGCCUGGCCAUCAGGACAGUGGGGAUCACUGCCACUCGAAGGAGGCAUCGAAGUUGCCCAUCGACAUGAGCUGCGCGAAGCAGAAAAAGCAGGCCGGAAAGCUGAGUUAUACCAGGAACUAGAUGAAGAAUACCGGCGAUUGAUGAAUCCGGUGCGCACAGCGAAUGCAUUCGGCAUAGAGGAGAUCAUUGAUCCUAAAGACACGAGAAAACGGGCUGUCAGCUUGAUUUUAUUCCAGGUGAUACUGAAGGAAGGUGGUGGCUGUUACCCAACAGAGAACGCCAAUGUAUAUAUUUUAAUGAUGGUGUAUACUCCCGGGCUCGCGAUUAUCGACUCCCCUCAGCCCUAUACUCCGCUCGGGGGAGACAGUCUCCAAGUAGCCAUUGACAUCUCUGGAAACGGCCGGUUGACCUCCAGUCCAUCCGACUCCACGAAAUUCCAUGACAUUACGGUCUUCCUUACUUCCAAUGAGCUCUCGAACAACUUCACUAUCUCCAAUGGCACAGAGCCCAACUCCAAGGCCUAUGUCGGUCCUGUCCUGGAGAUUAACCCGUCAGCCACUGUCCAGCACGUCAACUGGAACUGGCCUGAGUGCUUAGUGGGUGAUGGGGACGGCGGUUCUGGCUCCGCACGGGGCUCAUACAAUAUCUCGAUCCAUCAGUCCUUCAAGUGGAAUGGAACAGAUUACUAUACCAUUUUCGACUUGCCUGUCAACGUUACAAACUCUAUUAGCAAGUCGGACGAUAGAGUCGAUUGUAAGUUGUUGGAGAACGACUUGCUCAAGCCCGCUGAGAUUGCUGCGAGCAAUGAUACUUUGCCGGGGCAGCCUUGGGUGGAUGCAGGUGCCAAACGUGAUAGUGACAAUAGUGGUAGUAGUAGUAGUGACGAUGGUGGAGAGACUAAUGGUGCUGACCAUGUUCGGGGUACCAUAAAGCAAUGGGGUCUCUUUGCCAUGGUAGUUGGGGGUAUGCUGAUGGUUUGA